AUGUCUAAUCUGAGGAUCAGUAGUCCAGGAAAGAAGAAAGAUCUUACCGUCAAAGCUAGUCAUUUAGCAGCAAGUGAUUUCGCGUCGUUAGAAAAGAUAAACACACGACUAUUUACAAGGACGGGGGCAACUUCAAUGAACCUUUCAUCGUCUAAACAGAGUUUCACUCAAACACGUUAUGGAAGCCUCAUGGAGUUUGAUCCAAAAAUCCAGCUUAUGGAAGGUAAAUUCACUGAUAGCUACAAUAGUCGGCGUAAGUUAAUUAGUAUUGCCUUGAAGCGGCAACUUGUAAGAAAUAGUGAGUGGAUCGGAAAAGGAAAAACUUACAUUACAGAUGGCGGAAGUAGGCGCACUUUGGUGUACGAGGACCAUCACUUUAUGCAGCCUGACCCAGAACUGUUGGACCUCGGUGCAAUGGACGAAUUAGUGGAAGGUGGCGACCUUGAGAUGUCAGAUUUUGAGACUCCCAGCUCAAUGGGUAGUGUAAGCGCUCUGCAUUUUAGCACGAGUAAUAGUGGCCUAACUGACUUCGACAUGCUUUUUGACGAUGGGAGUCGAAGAUACCUUGACUGCGAAAAGGAAACCAAAUCAAUGAAGCAAAAGUGA